AUGAUCAUCCUGGGCUCCCAACAACCUUGCGCCGUACCGGAUCCGCAAAGAUCGGCUGAUGUGAACCAACUAUCCCGAGACUUGAACGAGUUACCUGUAUACCUACUCGCAAUCGUAAACGAGUUCGACCAGUACGUCUGGUGCUUCAUCGAGAUCAAUGUCGGUAUAAUUUGCGCCCCGGUAUGCACCCCCCGCCCCUUCUUCCGUGGCCACCUGCACACCCUCUCAGAUAGGAGCACGAGCGAGCCGAGCAAUGGCGGCUGGGCCACGUCCAAUAAGAAGUGUAGAACGGGCGAUUGCGCGUCGAUUUACCAGCUCGGCAGUAGAGACCACCAGGCUGUGGGAUCUCGAAACCCCUCUCGCUUCCUGGAGCCCCAGGAUGUUGUCAUAUUCGUUGGCGCCGUCGAUAUGUCGGAGCAGCGUAUCAUUGUGGGCGUGAAGAGGGUCCUCGCUGCCAUGGUGGUUACGCAUCGCCGCGACAGCUUCCGGACCCUGACGCCGGUGGUAAUCUAUUCCCGCCUCGAUAUCAUUUGA